AUGGGGUUCCACCUCCUGGGACUCACCGACCUGGUGUUGACUGACAUAGCCCCCGUGAUGCCCGCUUUGAAAAGCAACCUCAAGCGCAACAAACCCGUCCUCGCCAAAACCCUCAAGCACUCCAUCCUCUACUGGAACAACCCUGACCAAAUCAAGUCCCUUAAACCGCCCUUCCACUACGUCAUCGCCAUCGACUUCGUUUACAUUGAGACCGUGGGCCCGCUAGUGUCCACCAUGGAGGCCCUAGUGGCCGACGACUGCGUUGUCUUGCUCGACUACCAACACAGUUCCUCGAAGGUAUUGCAACUGUCAACAAGUUGA